AAUGAGGUCCGUGGCAUACAAAGGGCCCGUUUUCUAAAUGCUAUCAAUUUGUCGGUAUACUUGGCGGCCCCCCGUAUAAUACUUUUCGCGUGUUUUAUGGCAUACGUGUUAACCGGGAACCUAUUGACCGCAAAAGCGGUGUUCAUUACAAUGGCUCUGUUCAACACUCUUAGGACUACUUUGAUGACACGGUUUGCCUACGCCAUCGCCCAAUGGGCUGAACUGACGGUGUCGUGCUCUCGCAUCCAGACAUUCUUGGAAUUGAGGGAAAUGGAGCCUAAAACAUAUAACACUAAAGAUUUUGAUGAUUUAGCUGCCUUCCCCAAAACAAAUGCAAAACCAAAAGUUAUUGUCAAUAAUAUAUCCGCCAAAUGGAGUGAAGGCAGUCCUUAUGCAACCAUUCAAAACAUUUCAUUCAAUAUAAAACCUGGAGAUCUAUUAGCUGUGAUUGGACCGGUAGGUUCGGGAAAGAGUUCACUAAUCAUGUCUAUACUUAAUGAGCUACCGGUGCUCGAGGGAAAUAUACAAACGGUGGGCACCAUUAGUUAUGCCUCUCAGGAGGCCUGGAGUUUCAAUAAUAGCGUCAGAAAUAACAUACUGUUUGGCAGUGAAUACGAUGAGCACCGGUAUAGACAGGUAGUGAAUGUCUGUGCACUGGAAAGGGAUCUCCAGAUAUUCCCCUUCGGAGACAAGACAUUAGUCGGAGAGAAAGGGGUCUCACUAUCGGGUGGACAGAAGGCUAGGAUCACUUUGGCCCGGUAUGGCAUUCACAGCACCGGU